AAGCACACCUACCGCCCAGAGUCAGCACUCAGGACUCAGCACUUGAAAAAAAAAGGCACCACCUUCUCCUCCCCAAAGACACAGCGAGAGAGAGAGAGAGAGAGAGAGAGAGAGAGAGAGGAGCAGGGGAGGCAGUCCAGUGCCCACGCUCCACAGAAGAGAGAGAUGGCGAUGCGGAUGGUGGCGACGGCGGCAGCAGUGGCGCUGGUGGCGGUGAUGUGCGUGCUGGCGCCCCGAGCGGCGGCGCAGACGACGCCGAACUGCGCGGCGAAGCUGGUCCCGUGCUCGCCGUACAUCAACACGACGGGGACGCCGCCGGACACCUGCUGCAGCCCGCUCAAGGACGCCGUCCAGAACGACCUCAAGUGCCUCUGCGAUCUCUACGCCACGCCGGAGAUCUUCAAGGCCUUCAACAUCAGCAUCGAGGCGGCCCUCGGCGUCUCCAAGCGCUGCGGCCUCGACGACACCACCACCGCCUGCAAGGGACUUUCUCCUACACAGUCUCCUCCAGGUUCACCAUCAGGUGGCAGUGGCAGUGGCAGCAACGCCGGUCAUCGCACUCUAUCUGUCGGUUUCCCAGGAUUGAUGAGCUUGUUCUUGGCUUUGUGGUCUGCAUUGGCAUAAAGUCUAGCACGCUGCAGACCUGCAGUGGACAACUCUUGUCUUAUCCCGCGGUAGAUGAUUUGCACCUACAAUGUUCUGAGAUGGUGAUGCUAGGCUGUAUGUAUUCCGACACAAUUAAACAUUUGUUUUGCUGUGUAUUGAUGUGGUCAGCCAGUAGAAUGGUGUAUCUGAAUCAGAAUUUGUUUUGCUGCUGUGUAUUCAUAUAUGGUCAGCCAGUAGAGUGGUGUAUCUGAAUCAGAAUUUCUCAUUGGUUUCUUCAUGGUGUUGUAUUAGACUCUUGCACAAUUAAAUGAAAGGUUCUUGCUGGUUGCUACCA